UGUAGCUGAGGCUGUAACUGAGAAGGUGAGGAAGGGAAAUUCCUUCUAGGGGAAGAUUCACAGGUACCAAACGAAAGAUGUCCUGGACGAGAAAGAUUCUGCUCCUCCUGGGGUUUCUCUCUACUUUGGCUGCAGUCGCUUUAAUUGCUGUAGCAGUGACCCAAAACAAGCCACUUCCAAAGAAUAUUAAGUAUGGGAUUGUGCUGGAUGCAGGGUCGUCCCACACUAACCUGUAUGUGUACGACUGGCCGGCAGAGAAGGAGAAUGAUACCGGAGUGGUGCAGCAGGUGGAGGUGUGUAAAGUUGAAGGCCCUGGGAUCUCAGGUUACUCCCAAGCCACGGAGAAGGCAGGUCCCUCUCUGACGCAGUGCUUACGGAGAGCUGAGGAGGUAAUUCCCCCAAGCCAGCACCCGGAGACACCCGUCUACCUCGGCGCGACCGCUGGCAUGCGGCUCCUCAGCUUGGAGAAUAAAGAUGCUGCUGACAAAGUCCUGUCCUCGGUAGAGAAGACACUACGCUCAGCUCCCUUCAGCUUCCAGGGUGCCAGAAUCAUCAGCGGUCAGGAAGAAGGAGCCUAUGGCUGGAUCACCAUUAACUACCUGCUGGGCAGUUUCAAGCAGUCUGGAUGGAGAAAAUUUCUGCAUAUCCUAAAAUCUAGAAGUGAGACCUCAGGAGCACUGGAUCUUGGAGGCGCUUCAACUCAAAUUACCUUUGUACCAGAUGAAACUCCUUAUGAGUCUCCAGAGAGCUGGCUGCAUUUCCGUCUCUAUGGCAAGGACUACAAAGUGUACACACACAGCUUCCUCUGCUAUGGGAAAGACCAGGCUCUGCAGCAGAAACUGGCCUGGGACCUACAGACCAUUGAGAACAGCAGCCUCCUCGAUCCGUGCUUUCACCGGGGGUAUCAGCGAACUAUAAAUAUAAGAGACUUCUACAGAAACCCCUGUACAUCUGCUGAGAAAAAGCAACUUCCUUUCGACCAGCUGCACAUACAGGGAGAGGGAGAUUAUCAAAAGUGCCGAAGAAACAUCCAGAAUCUUUUUAACAAAACUGGCUGUCCUUAUUCCAGUUGCUCCUUCAAUGGUAUAUACCUACCUCCAUUACAGGGGGAUUUUGGGGCUUUUUCUGCUUUCUACUUUGUGAUGAACUUUCUGAACCUGACAAAUGAAAAAAGCCCUGUUCCUCUGGACAGAGUGGCCAGCGCUAUUCAGAGCUUCUGUGCCCGGCCUUGGCAGGAGGUGAAACCAGAAUAUCAUCAAAUAAAAGAGAAGUAUCUGAGUGAAUAUUGCUUCUCUGGGACCUACAUCCUUUCCCUCCUGCAAAAUGGCUACGAAUUCACUGAAGAGAACUGGCAAAGAAUCCACUUCCUUGGAAAGAUUGGCAGCAGCGAUGCGGGCUGGACCUUGGGCUAUAUGCUGAACCUGACCAACAUGAUCCCUGCAGAGGAGCCCGCUGUGCCCCCUCUUUCCCAUGGCAGCUACGUGGGGCUCAUGGUGCUCUGCUCCCUAGUGCUGGUGUCUGUGCUCCUGCUUGCCUGGCUGCUCUUCCACAAGCCCAAGUGCCUGCAGAAGGGGAUUGUGUAGGAAGCACUGUGGUGGGGAGAGGGUCCAUGGCAAUCCAGCUGGGUAGGCCUCGGAGCAAUCCUGCAGAGCUGGCCUUGUACUGCAGAGCCCUCUUGCCUCUCACUAAAGCUACUGACUGUGGAUAAGGGCAUUGAUUCCUCCUGACUCACACUUGCACUGACAGAUGUUGGGACACCAGGCUCGCCAUCAUGCUGUGCCAAGGACAGACAAGCUGGCGUCACCUUCUUGACUGGGUCCUGCUUUCUUCCACUCAAACUUUGCCGCUUGUUGUUUUUUGCCUUGCUCACAGCAGCGUAAAGAUAAGAGCGGCAGAAAUCAUUGGGAGCCAAUGCUCCUGCAAGUGUAAUCUCAGGGUCGCACGUGCCACCGAGCUCGUGGAAGCGAUCGCACAUGGGGUGAUCUGGCUCCUCCUCCAGUGAAGCAGUUCUCCAGAGCCCAUCCAGGACAGACAGUGCCGGCACACCCCUGGCUCACCUCCCCAUGCCCUUAGCCCUCACAGCUCCUCCAGCUGAGUACAGUAUCCAGCUGAUCCCACAGAGACUGGCCGUGCUCCUCUGGGCUGCUCUGGUGCAAGAAGGAUGGAGGAACCGCGUGUGCUCCUGGCCACCACACUCAGGGGGCUCGGGCAGGUGUCUGUUCCUAUCACAGAGAGCAGGAAGCCUAUUUCCCAUGUCUUCCUGAUGCUCUUGCUGGACCAAAGCAGGCUCGCUGUUAUGCUGAGCUAUUCCCAUGUCCUUAGGACAAUUGUAUACAUCAAGACAUGAGUUUCCCAACAGGCAUUUCUGAAGUUUGUUUGUAUGAGCCGUUUGAGGAACGGCUCAUACUGGCCAAGGAUCCCAGCCCAGGAGCUAGUAUGUGCAACUACAGGUACUCUUCUCCUAUCAACAUACAUACUCCGAAAAGCCAUUCUGUCUUAUUGUGCUGAUCAUCUAUCAGCCUGUGAUCCUGGGAAUAUGUUUAUUAGUUCGUGUUCCUUUUUGAAAAAAAGACAUCUGACAGCAGUUAACCAGCACAAAAAAACCCACCAAUUAACUCUUUGCAUUGACAAAAUUUCCCUUCUUCUUAGCUUAUCUUAGAAUUAAUAUCUCCUAAAUGCUGAGGCUCAUAGGUUCACACAGUGCAGCCCAUCUUCUAGCACUCAAGUAGGCGAAUGCCAGUGAUCAGGUUUAUUCAACCACUUCUAUUGUUCCAUCCUCUGGUCCAAGAAAAAAGAGAAGUAGUAAGCUGGAAAUCCAUGUUUAUAAUGCUCAGAAACCACUGGUGCCUGUUUACCUCCCAAGCAAACUUCUCCCUUUCAAUCUGGGCUAGAGGCCCAAAAAAGGAUGUAUUGUGGGUGAAAAAGGAAUGGCAAAGACCUUUCCCUGUUUCCCCAAGCAGAAGCUGCAGAAGGGUCAAGGGAGAACAUGCACUUAUAAACCUUCUUUCAGCAAGCACAAAUGGAGCCUUGGGGCUUCUGUGCUCACCCAAGUUGUUCCCCUGUGCAGUGAAGGCCAGAGUGAGUCCUCGAGCCACUUCUGCUUUACAUCUAGAAGCAGGAGCUUCAACUUACUGAAGGUCAUGAAAACAAGGGAAAAAAUCUGUCUUACCAUGUCUUAUGGUAAGAUGUAUGGGCAGUUCGCUCUUCUUCCAAAAAAUCUGUGUAAUUUGUUUUCUGUUUAGUUUCAGCUGCUAUUGGAUCUUGAUCAGCACAUUUCAAAAAGAUGAGUAAGUCUUGGCUAUCAAAAUGCCCCCCAUUUUUUUUCUUGUUGGUGCUUGCAAGUCAUCAUCCUAUCAUAUUAAAUAGAUUGACCUUCAGUCUGUAAAGUGCUUUGUCCUCACCUCUCUUGUAGCUCUUCAACUUUUUUUUUUGAAAUUUUGAUAUCUUUUUAAGUUUGGAUACCAAAGUUUGCAGCAGUUAAGUGGCAGUAAAUUCUGUAAUAGUAUAUAUAAAAGUAAUACCAUUUGUUAAUGCUGUGUCCCCUCAUAUAGCUCAGGGUCAGAUCUUUCUGAAGAGAAUGUUUCAUGUGGGCUAUUUUAUUCAACUGAAGUAUUGCCACCAGGCCUUUUCCUUUGCUCUAGCAUUCCAGAACAGUCACUGCCUUGCAAUGUUAUCUUUUAACCUGAGAUAUUUUGCCUUCCAAGUGGCUGUACUGAAAUGCAUGCUAUUCAAAGAAUAGUGCCCUAAGCAAGUGAUCCAUAUCAACCCGCAUGUGAUCUUUCUAUGUACUGUUUAUCCAUUUACCAGUUUUUGGUUUAUCUGCAAAUAUAUUGAGACGUUGGGAUUCAUCUAGAACUAGUCUUCUUUGUUGUUUUCAGCAAAGAUACUUAGAGGAGAGAUUAAUGGUAUUUUGGGCUGUGGCUGGAAGCAUGUGAGGAUAAUCAGAGCUUCUUCAGGUCCACAGUGAGCUCUUCUGAUAGACUGAGCUCCAGCCCUCCUUCCAACUUGUUCUCUUAUCUGCUUUCUUCCUUGUUUAAGGAGUAUCUGUAAGCAGAGUGUGUACCCUGGAAAAGUUCCUCUUGCCAGCAGGCAGGUCCUUCUUGCUGUCCAAACAAUGUGAAAAAGCUACAGAGUGAUAAUGCAUCUCUGAAGCUGCCACUGCUAGCUAGUUGUCUGUGGUGCUGGAACUCACAGAUCCAUUGGGAAAUUCCUGAAACUGAGGCAGAAGCUCUGUGUAGAAAUGGAUGUGGAGAGUAAGUUUCUCCUGGUCCCCAGGAGGUGCUUAACCUAAAGGAAAAAAGGUCAAAUUAGAACCUGAGUGAACGGUUUUGUGAGCGUUUUUUACUGCAAGUUCCAUGAUAUUGUUAAGCUUAGAUUCUAGAGCCAAAUAGAUCAACUGUCAUCUCUGCUUUUUCCUGCCCACCUUCUCUUUCUGUCCAGUUUCAAAAGAAACAAGUAGGAUCUGCAACCUUGUAUGUGUGACUUAAGUGCAGCCCCAAGGCCCCAAACAGAGAUAAAUGCAAAGAAUAUAAUUAUUAGUGUUUUUCUUAAACCUUAUCAUUUCACGCCAAUUUUGAAGCAAUCUUUCCUAAGGAGAUACCAGAGGUGAUUUUUGAAACUCAUUUGAAAUGGGUAAGGCUGCAGGACUGGCUGACCAAAGGCAUCCUGCCAUAGUUUGUAUCACUAGCUGCACUUGAACCCUUCCAGCAAAAGGUAUGAUUUUUCCUCUCUACAAUUGCAGGACUUGCUGUUAUCUAGGGAGCUUACCCCAGAUUACCCCAGGCCAAAGAGUCUAAGUGUCCAAUUUAAUAAAAAGUCACUCCUGUGCUGCAUUGGACUCAGAUGUUGACUCAAGAUCAUAAAAGAUAGGGAGUGGAUUUUUCCAGGGAUGUCAGAGAACAGUAAGAUAGUGUCACAUCUCCUGUUAAUGCUGUUGAUCUGCCUCACUGGUAACUAUUUGUGCCUUAUUUCUGUUUAAUAGCUUCUGGCUCUGG